AUGCAUGCUUCUAGCUAUUGGAGAGAUUGUACACGCGACUGGAUGUUUGACAGUGCUUCCGGCUAUUAUUACAACCAUACCAAUGAUUUAGGUUGUGGAUUCAAUUACAGUGACUCAAUAGAAUUGUAUUCGAUUUCUUUCUUCGUGUGGGUUUACACUGAUAAAGAAAAAGGAUCUUGGGUGACAAAAGAUGAAGCGUACUCUGCAAUUAAAGAAAACGUGGCAAGAGGCAACCAAGUGAAGCGUGCCUAG